CCUCAGCCUCCACCAAUGGAAUUAUGGGCCGGGCUCAACUCCCAUUUUCGGGGCUCUUGCUAUAAAGCCGGGCUCAUACAUCCUGGCUUCUAUUGUUUAAUUUGCCUGAGAGUGAUUAAACUGCGCUGCUGGAUCAAUCAUGAGUUCCAGGAUGGACAGCAAGUCUUACUUGGUUCAGAUGAACGGGAAUGGCGUUCACGGCAAAGCCCUGAAUGGAAACGGAGUCAACAGAAAGGCGCUGCACGGGAAUGGCAUCCACCACGUCAACAUCAACGGCACCUUGUAUCCGACCAAAAUGAAGAGUCGCCGGCAGAGGUGGGAGGUGAAGCCUUCGGAGAUGGCUAACAACACGCUGAACCCCAUCAGGGCCAUCGUGGAUGGGAUGAAGCUCACCCCGAACCCCGACAAGCCCAUGAUCGCACUUUCCAUAGGGGAUCCCACUGUGUUUGGAAACCUGCCCGCAGAUGAUGCAGUUCUUCAGGCCAUGAAAGAUGCCAUAGACUCCCAAAAAUACAACGGCUAUGCGCCCUCUGUCGGUUACCUGAAGAGUCGGCAGGCGGUGGCAAACUUUUACAGCUGCCCCGAGGCUCCAAUAGAGGCAGAGGAUGUGAUUCUGACCAGUGGCUGCAGUCAGGCCAUUGACCUGGCGAUCAGUGUCUUAUGCAACCCAGGGGACAACAUCCUGGUGCCAUGCCCUGGCUUUUCUUUAUAUAAAACUCUGGCUGUUUCCAUGGGCAUCGAGGUCAAACUCUACAACCUGCUGCCAGAGAAAUCGUGGGAGGUUGACCUGCAGCACAUGGAGAGCCUGAUUGAUGAGAGGACAUCCUGUCUUAUUGUCACCAACCCAUCCAACCCGUGUGGCUCCGUUUUCAGCAAGGAGCACCUACAGGAGAUCCUCAAAGUGGCCUCCAGCCACUGUGUUCCCAUCCUGGCUGAUGAGAUCUACAGUGAUAUGGUUUUCCCAGGCUGCAGCUCUCCUUCAGUGGCAUCUCUCAGCAGUGACAUUCCCAUCCUUUCCUGUGGAGGGCUGGCUAAACGCUGGCUGGUCCCUGGUUGGAGGAUGGGAUGGAUCCUCAUCCAUGACAGGAAUGACAUAUUUGGAUCCCAGAUUCGACAGGGUCUGGUAAAACUGAGCCAGCGUAUUCUGGGAGCCUGCAGCAUCGUCCAGGGGGCGCUGGAGAGCAUCCUCAACAACACUCCUCAAAGCUUCUACAGCGAGACCAUCAGCUUUCUCAAGUCCAACUCAGAGAUCUGCUUCAGCGAGCUGUCCACGGUCCCCGGCCUGAACCCCGUCAUGCCUUCAGGAGCCAUGUACAUCAUGGUUGGGAUUGACAUGGAUCACUUCCCAGACUUUAAGAACGACGUGGACUUCACUGAACGUCUGGUGACCGAGCAGUCGGUCUUCUGUCUGCCUGCUUCGGCGUUCGAGUAUGCCAACUUCUUCCGCAUCGUGGUGACAGUGCCAGAGGAGAUGAUGCUGGAGGCUUGUGCUCGGAUCAGGGAGUUCUGCCAGCGCUACUAUCGGCCCCGCAGCUGUGACAGCAAUGACCUGGACCAGUGAUGCUGUGGAGCUGUGCCCGUCUCACGGCUCUCAGCUUCACUUUUAAAAAGCUGCCGUGGCAGCAAAAAGCAUGUGGCAGCAGAUCUGAUGGUGUAAUUUUGGAUGUAAACUCUAAGAAAUGAACAAACGCGAUAUUUAUAUUUUAUACUGAUGACUUGCAUUAACCUGUACUUGUGUAUUUAUAGACGUUGUGUAGCAACUCUUUGAUAUAAUCUGCAGAUACACAAAGCAAACAUACGCUGGCUUAUUUGUUAGCUUAUCCUGAUCUAUAAGUAGAGCAAGGGAAUGUGUUUGAAUAUUCAUUUUUAUAUAUUUUAUAAUCUCCUGCAUAUGCUGUGUAAAUCUGCACGAGCAUCUUUAUCAUAACUCUCUGUACUUUAAAAUGGUAACUGUGUAACUGCAUCCAUCAUCUAGACGGAUGGAUAAAGUAUAAAUGUGUAUCUUCAGACAACCUUUUGCUUUGUGGUAUCGUUAAUAGUGAACUAAUAAACUGUGCUGAUAUAACUCG